AUGUUGAGUACCUUAGGUGAGUAUUAUCAAUGUAAAAUUUGUCUCUCUAAUCUUGAAUAUAAGCAAAUUAAAUCGAGCAAUUUAGGAACAUUAAGCGCUUUGUCAAAAAAAAUUGUAUGUUUCGAUUUCAGGAAAUUGGUUGAUUCGCCAUAUGCUGAAACCAUAGAUUGGUCAAAAUGGCAUGUUUUCUGGGUUGACGAGAGGGUUGUCCCAAAGGAUAACUUAGAAAGUAAUUAUAAGCUUGCCAAUGAUGGAUUUCUCUCCAAGGUGCCAAUUCCCCCUCUCAAUGUUUAUUCUAUUGAUGAUUCCCUACCACCUGAUGGAGCAGCAGAUGUUUAUGAGACAACCCUUAGACGCUUGGUUACUAGCAAUGUGAUAGCCACAUCAACCAAUGGGUUACCAAAAUUUGAUCUCAUGCUUCUAGGUAUGGGUCCGGAUGGACAUGUUGCAUCUUUAUUCCCGGGUCAUCCUCUUCUCAAUGAGGAUCAGAAAUGGAUUUCUUUCCUCAAUGACUCACCAAAACAACCACCAGAGAGAAUCACUUUCACAUUUCCAGUGAUCAAUGCUUCUUCCAAUGUAGCAAUGGUGGUUACCAGAGAAUUCACAACAAGUUCAAAAGAUGGAAGAAGAGGAAGAGCAUUAGAGCAGAACGUACCGUAUUCAAGUGAUCUCCUUGCGCUGCAACCUUCGAUUCAACGUUCGCAAGAGCAAACCCCCACUUCGAAGGAUCUCCUUGCGCUGCAACCUUCGAUUCAACGUUUGGCUUGA